UCGAGUCAGCGAGCACUCAAAAAAAGAGCAAUCUCUCGGUUCGCGAAAAACAUCUAUAGAAUCCGAUACAGAUACAGAUUUUUUCGUAUAUGUAACCGCAACUGUCAAGUGAUACAGGAUACCUCGAGUUCGAAUUCCACUUAGUACAGAACACGUCAAGCUUGAGGCAACUGCAUCUCGGUUUAAGGGAGACCCCAGCAGGGUUCACUGCAGCCAAAAGUGAUAUAAUUACCCCGAGGCAUAAUUAGCGGAAUAUGAAGGCCUCGUUGGCCCGUUAAAAAUAGACGGCCAGAGCAUGAGCGCGAGCACAAAGAUAGAUCGUGAAAGUAGCACACGACAGCGGCUGGACAUGGACAUGGAGCAGGCGGCGGAGGCCAGACACCAGCAGCGCCACCGCCGACGGCUGGGACGUAGCCAACGCGAGCCCACGCCCGUCACCGAUUUCCAGAUGCAGGGCGACCUGAGUCCGGCCAGAGGCGACCCCCUCUAUCCGGAUCCCUCGCCGCAGAUGGUCCGCAUGCAGAUCCGACCGCCAGGCACUCUGUCCGCCCACGAGAGCAAGAUCCUGCGGAAGCGGGACAAAAGCUUUGCCACCACCGCGUCGCGCAGUCAUUCGCAGCCACGGGAGGCGGAGAGGCUGAGCAGUCCGGAUGCCCACCAGCUGAUCAAGCACCGCAGCUUGUCAUCGCCGCGCCACAAAGAGGAGUCCAGCGAAAGCGAGAUGACCACAGGCAGCAGCAGCCAACAGCAGCAGAAAAUGCCCACUGUCAGUCUGGGCCAGACUCACGACACCCUCACCCGGCUGGAGCAGAACCUGCAGCGCUUCGAGGAUGAGCGCCGGCGCUUUGAUGCCGAGAAGCGGCUGUUCGAGCGCGAGAAGCGGGAGCACAAGAUGCGCCACCGCCAGCAGCUGGACAACGAGGAGCGGAAGCGCCUGCUGCAGAGCUACCGCAAGCUCAGCGAUCGCAUUCAGCUGCCGCAGGACGAGGAGGAACGCCGUCGUCUCAUCCACAGCCUGCGCCUGCAGCGGCAUGAGGCGCCCAAAGUCCGCGGCCGCAAUCGAAGUAGCGGCUACGAGGAGUCCUCCACGCAGUUUAGUUCCUCUGAUGCAGAGCCUGCGGAGGAGGUCCAUCCCCGGGCACGACCACUCAAAUCAAUGCCGGGUUAUGUGGCUGCUCCAAUUCGAGGAGCUCCGCCGCCGCCUCCUUCUGCUCCCCUAAAGCCCCCGGAAAGAGUUUCCGUGAGCAGGAACAACUCUCUGUCACCCGUGAGACCACAACGUCGUUCCAAGACACCAGAGCAGCGAGAGGAGAUCCUUCGCAAGCACGAGUACGUGGCAGUGGGGGAGACCAGGAGCGAGGUCAUCAAGCCCCGGGAAACAGAAGCGGAGCAGCAAUCGGACCUCAUGAGGAAGUACAUGGAGGCGGCAGAGCGGGCGGCCAAGGCGGAGGCAGCUUUGGCAGCGCAAAGCCUCUCGGCAGAGGGAGUGCGUCGAAGCCAUAGCUUGCGGCUGGUGGAGAAGGAGGAGAAGUCCCCGAAAACUGAGGCUAAGCGUAGCUCCAGCCUGGAGCGCCCCUUGAAAGCUAAGCGAUCGGACAGCUUGGAGAGGGGAGAGAAAGUUCUAAAAGUAGAAAGUACCACUCAGUCAUUAGAAGAUCCUGAACCGCAUCCCGAACCAGAAGCUGAGCUGACUGUAUCCUUACAACAAGAAGACGAAAUCCCAAAGGCAUUAGAAGUCAAGCCAACCCUUAUGGAGCGCCUUAAGAACUGGUUUGGGCGCAAAAAGAAGCUUCCCACUGAAGAUGUCACGGAUCUGGCCACACAACCUCUGCCGGAGAAGAUUGCCUCGCGGGCAUUCCUUUACCACUUCCGCCUGGAGUCAGGCCACGAAUGGCGGCGCCUCAAGCUGGACUACCCACAACGGGUCGAGGAGAUGCGUCGGCUGCGUAACCAUUGUGUCUCGCACUGCAUAUGCCUGGCCAUGCUCCUGGGAUUCGGAGGACUCCUCUUCCGGUACACGGAAGGAGCCUCGGAGAACAUCUACAAGUGCGAGGUGCGCAAGGUGAAGCGCGAUUUCAUCGACAACCUGUGGGACGUCAGCCACAACAUGAGAGAGGAUGACUGGAAGUCCCUUGCGCGCCAAAAGUUGCGUAAAUUCGAGGACGAACUGAACACUCUGGCCGAGCUGGGCCUGCGGCGUUAUCCCGGCCAGAAGUCGUGGAACUUUAUCAAUUGCUUCAUCUUCUGUUGGACCGUAGUCACCACCAUAGGUUACGGUCACAUCACUCCAAAGACGAACCUGGGACGCUCCCUGACCGUUAUAUACGCCAUCAUCGGCAUACCCAUGUUCCUGAUCGUCCUUGCCGAUCUGGGAAAGCUCUUCACGCGCAGCGUCAAGUUCCUGUGGGCGUAUGUGCGGCGCGUUUACUACACCCGCUCCUGUCGGAGGAUACGGAAGCAACAGCAGAUCCGAGAUGCCAUGACAGGGUUCAACACUGUCUACGACAUGGCCAUCCGGCGACCCAGCAUGUUCUUCGGCAAGUCCGACGAGAAUGAAGAGGAGUCGCAGGAUGCAGAGGCAGGCCGCUCGCUGGGCACAUCUCACCCCGAGACGCCCACAUCUCCGUACCCCGAGACCUUUGAGGUGGACGAUGAGUUCAAUUUACCCGUGUCUGUGGCCUCUCUCCUGCUCAUAUCGUACAUCCUGCUGGGCACCGCCGGCUACGUUAUGGUGGAGUCGGAGUGGCAGCCCCUCGACGCCUUCUACUACGUGUUUAUCUCGAUGUCCACCAUCGGCUUCGGCGACCUGGUGCCCAGCAACCCCAUCUAUCUGAUGGUCAGCAUGAUCUACCUAAUCUUCGGCCUGGCCCUGACCUCCAUGUUCAUCAACGUGGUGCAGAUCAAGCUCAGUGACCAUUUCAAGCGGGCCAGCGCCAAGGUGGGCGCCACCAUCGGCAUGAACAUGGCCAGCGAGUUUGGCGACGAGGGCGGCUCCCAGGUGAAGACUCCCUCCGAGCUGGCCUCGGUGCAUGGAUCGCGUCUGGACAGGAUCGAGGAGGAUGGUCAUGAGGCCAAUGGUCACUCGCCCGUGCCUCCACUGCCCUCCAUCUUGAGAACACCGCGUCCCCUGUCGCCAGCGUUUAACGGAGCGGAAGCCAAUGGAAACCGCGAUGCGGAUGUGAGUCCGCCGCCUUUGUUGCCCAGACGUCAGGUGUCCGUGGAGCCCCAGCCGCCGGCGGAGGGGGAGAACAAGAAAAAGAAGAAGCACAGAUUCUUCUAGAGCCUGCCUGACAAUGUUAACCAGUAAGGAACCUCACAAAUGACAUGGCAUCGAAUUUACGAAAACCUCUGCACACACACAUUAUUUAUUAUUAUUUGUUAUUUAAUUUUACUUGUCACCAUCGUAGGCUAAGUCUAAAGUUAAUUAAAUAAAACAUGACAGUU